GGAGACCGGUGACGUAAGCCUGGGCACAACCCCCAGGGAGCCUAGUUCGUGAGACCCCAGCGCCACCAUUUUUAUGCAGGCGUCCUCAAGUCCCGAUUGUGUAGCUGCUACUUUCCGUUUUCAAGUUUUACCCACAUUAGGGUGCGCACGGAGCUGGCUUCUGUCCCUUCCCGGCCCUGGUACCCGACCGGCGACACCUGGGGCUGGGCAGGCGUUCCGGGGCGCGCUGGGCCGUCCCGUGGCCGAGCCGGGGCAUCCCCAUGGCGCAGCUGCUUGCCCCGGCAAGGCCCUCGGCUCAGCCCGGGUCCGGGAAGCGCGGGGUCGUGAGCUUCGCGGACGUGGCCGUGUACUUCUCCCCGCAGGAGUGGGGCUGCCUGCGGCCCGCGCAGAGAGCCCUGUACCGGGAGGUGAUGCGCGAGACCUACGGGCUCCUGGGCGCGCUCGGAGGCGGAGGCGCCAAGCCAGCGCUCAUCUCCUGGGUGGAGGAAGAGGCCGAACUGUGGGGACCUGGUGCCCAGGAUCCAGCGGUGGCCAUGUGUCCGACGGAAGCCGACUCAGAUUGCGGACAGGAGGAAAGGAAGAGACCAAGCGAAGAGACUGAGGCAACCCAGAAGACGUUUUCUACACAAGCUGGGCCGAAGAAGCCUCACCCCUCCUUGGCAGGACCCCCUUGCAAAUUGGAGCUGCUGUCCGAGGACGCUCACCAGGGCCACCCCCCUCUUGGUGUUCACGCCACUGUCCCAAGAGCCGAUCAGCGUCAUGGCUGCCGUGUGUGCGGGAAGAGUUUUGCCUGGCGGUCCACGUUGGUGGAGCACCUGUAUACUCACACAGGUGAAAAGCCGUUCCGUUGCCCGGACUGCAGCAAGCCCUUCGGCCGGGCUUCCUCCCUGAGCAAGCACCGGGCCAUACACCGAGGGGAACGGCCACAUCGCUGUCCUGACUGUGGCCGGGCCUUUACGCAGCGCUCAGCCCUCACCACCCAUCUCCGUGUCCACACUGGAGAGAAGCCCUACUGCUGUGCUGAUUGUGGGCGCCGCUUCAGCCAGAGCUCUGCGCUCCGUCAGCACCAGCGGGUACACAGUGGCGUGACCCCCUUUCCUUGUACAGACUGUGGCAGAGCCUUCGCCCAUGCCUCAGAUCUUCGGCGCCACGUGCGCACCCACACGGGUGAAAAGCCUUACUCAUGCCCUGACUGUGGACGCUGCUUCCGCCAGAGCUCUGAAAUGGCAGCCCACAGGCGGACCCACAGUGGCGAGCGUCCCUACCCCUGCCCUCAGUGUGGCAGGUGCUUUGGCCAGAAGUCAGCAGUGGCGAAGCAUCAGUGGGUCCAUCGGCCAGGAGCUAGGGGCCAUAGAGACGGAGAAGCCAGUCAGUUAUCUAUAUCCCUGGCCACAGGCCAAGGGGACCCUGAUCCACCUGUGGGCUUCCGGCACUAUCCAGAGAUAUUCCAGGAGUGCGAGGGGUGGUCUUAAAAGCUCCAACGUAGAGAGUGAAAUGUACACACUCUUGGAAGCCCAGAGGCUUGAACCUAUGGCAUCCUCCGGAAGGCACAGAAGUUCUGGCAAGGGCUGGUCCUGGGCACAGAGUACAGCCUUAUGGGUGGUUACCAGCUGCUUCUGCACACACACUGAUUCCACUACCCGAGACUCUGAGUCUAUUGGGUGGGGUGGGAAGCCCACUAGAACGCUAUGAGAAGCAAGGCCCAGAAGGAUUGAGAGGCUUGAAGAGAACCUUGUUUAAUCCAUUGCCUCGUUAGUGCAGAGGCUGAAGUAGAUGGCUCUGUGUGAACUGAGCCAGCUGCAUUUCCAGGGGUUAUUAGUUACUGGUCAAGAGCUGGGUGUGGUGGUGCCCGCCUCUAACCUCAGCACUUCAGAGGUAGAGACAAGAAGGUCAGGAAUUUGAGACCAGUUUGGGUUACCUGAGACUUCAUCUAAGGUAAAUAAAUAACAAGUGAAAUU